UGACGAGUGCCGGAGAUGAAGAGCAACAUCCCAGAUGAUGCCUGGUGGCACCUCCAGCCCUGUCUGUACCUGGGCACGUCGCCCCCUCCAACACUGCCUCUGCCCUUCCUCACCAACCCUCUCCCCUGGCUCCACCCGCGCAGGCAUACCUACGCCACACACAGGAACAGUGAGAAGCGGAAGGAGAAGUCUCGGGAUGCAGCAAGAUGUCGACGCGGGAAGGAGAGCGAGAUCUUCACGGAGCUGGCCAGCGCCCUCCCACUCCCGCCCCAGACGGUCGCCCAGCUGGACAAGGCCUCCGUCAUGAGGCUCACCCUGGCCUUCCUCAAGACCCGCGCCCUCUGUCAGGCAGGGUUCAGCAAGACGGGUGAGGGCGGAGGCAGCAAGCUGGAUAUCGAGAUGGACGGACUGCUGCUCAAGGCGCUGGACGGGUUCCUCCUCGUCCUCUCCACCGACGGCGACAUUGUCUUCACCUCCGAGAACAUUGUGGCCUUCCUCGGCCUGCCUCAGGUGGACGUGAUGGGCCAGUCACUGUACGAGUACACACAUCCCUGCGACCACGAGGAGGUGCGGGAGCUCAUGUCUGUCAAGGAGCACCACGAACCUCGUCACGCCUUCCUUAGGCUCAAGUGUACUCUUACUGCCAAGGGUCGCUCCGUCAACCUCAAGAGUGCCUCCUACAAGGUGGUGCAGGUGAGCGGGGAGCUAGUGGGAGGAGAGGAGCAGGCAUGGCUGGUGGCUCUGGGCACUCCUGUACCUCACCCAUCCAACAUAGAGUUCCCGCUGGACAAGCAAACAUUCGUCAGCAAGCACUCCCUCGACAUGAAGUUUACCUACGUCGAUGACAACGUGGGAGAGUACUGCGGGUACACAACGGAGGAGCUGAUGGGCCGCUCCCUCUACGAGAUGCACCACGCCCUCGACUCUGACCUGGUCAAGGACGCGUACAAAACAUUGAGAAGCAAAGGCCAGGUGGAGACCGGCCGCUACAGGUUCCUGGCCCGGGCCGGCGGCUACGUCUGGCUUGUCACUCAGGCCACACUCAUCCACGGACCCAAGGACAAUAAGCCCCAGUACGUCGUGUGUCUCAACUACGUCGUCAGUGGUGUAGAGUCUGCUGGUGAAAUUCUGUCAGAGCUGCAACUGUUGUGUAAUAGCAGCAGUAACAUUGACACUAAACACGACGAUGGCAGCAGCACCACUAAUAACAACAACAGCAGCAGCAGCAGCAGCAGCAGUGUUUCCAACAAGCCAGCUGCACCUGCAGCAGUUGCUGCUCCUCUAGUGUUGAACACCACACCAGCCGUACCACUUCCCAAGCUGGACACACAACCGAAGGUUGAGGAACGAAAGAGUAGCACAGGUGUAAGAGUGAACCCAGCACCACCUCCAGUUGCAGCCACCUUCAAGAUCUUUACUCCUCGUACAGAUGACAUGACCAAAGGAUACCUUAUGUUCUCUGAUAAUGACCCACAUUACACAGUGCUGAAAGAAGAGCCCGAGGACCUCACCCACUUGGCACCCUCAGUUGGUGAUACAUGUGUGCCUCUUCUAGAGGUUCCUUCCCUAAUUCCCGACCACGACCACACCUGUAUGCUACAGGAGGUCUCUACACUAAUCCCUGAACUGGACGAUAUGUUCACCCUUGACUAUCACAUGCCCAUUACUAGUUCUGAUGUAUUAAUCACAACAAGUCCUGAUAGCAGUGAAGAUCGAGAAGAAGCUCAAAAAUACCUGUAUGAUGAAAGUAAACUAAUCAGUGGUAUCAAGUGCAUGAACAGUUUAAGUGGAGGAAAGAUACUGAUAGACAAGAGUGGUUGCUGUACGCCAUCGUCGGACUGUGGAGUGAGCUCCCCAGAACCCCCAAAACCUCUUCUAAGUCAAGCUGCAUUAUCCCCAAUACGGGAAAGGAAACAAAAUACGGUUUUGUGUGGGGGCAGCCAUCCCAGAACAUCAACAGAGAGCCUCUUCACACACUUGGAUGAGAUCCGCACACCGGGCUCAUCAGAGUCAUUUGGCAAACUGGAUCUCAAACUUGAAGAACGGAACAUGGACUCAGAUGAGUUUGAGAUGAGAGCUCCAUACAUUCCUCUCAGUAAUGAGAUGUUGAUGCUGAGCCCUGAUGACUUUCUGUGGGGAGCAGAGCCUGAGCCACUUAUAUCGCCGAAACACUCUGCAUCAUCCAGCCGAGAUGCAAAAUGUUGUCAUAGUAUUAUUGACAAGGAUGAUUCCAACUUGGCUCAGCUCCUGCGUGACACAGAUCCUCACAUAACUGGUAGUGGCCCAGGAAGGAACUUGCACAUCGAGAAUUCCACAGGUACUCGAAGUCAGUACCAGCAGAGUAAAUUUCUCGAUGGUGGAGGGAAUUUUGUAGAUCCAAACAAAGUUCUACCAGGACACUCGGGAAGUAAAGAUGAUUUGGAAGGAUCACCAGGUAGUACAUUACUAGUUGAUCCGCCACCUGUGAUGGUGCAAGAGACUGUUGACCCCCCACCUCCAUUACUUACUGUUGAUACUCACCUUGUAACUUUACCCGUCAAACGGGGACACUCCCCAAAUUCAUCUCCCCUCCUCAAUCAUAAGAAACUGUGUUCACCCUUGUGCCAGCGACAGCAUCCGACCUCGCAACACCAUCCUCAAGAUGGAGCUGUGCCUCGCCAACUACAACCUGGAGGCGUGCGCCUCCUAGAAACGCCCAAUGCUCCAACUAUGCAACAAUUAUUGAUUAGCAAGGAGCCAAUCACAGUUCGAGGAGGACGUCCAGGCGGAGGCAUUUCAGCCUCCCAGAAUUUCAUCACAAAUAAGAGUCAUUCAGUACUUCGCAAUCUUCUGGUGAGUGGACGCGAUGAGACUGCUGGCUACUCUGUGUCAGCUCCAACAAGCCCUGCUGGCACAUCUUCUGGAAACUCCACUACAUCCCCUAGCCCUCAUCCAUUGAGUGAUGAGGCCAUGGGGGGAAAGAAUGUGAAUGGCGAUGGCAGUAUAGUCAUUGGAGAACCCCAAGCAGGCAGCAGUGGCCUUGCUUCUGCAACAUUACGCAUCCCUAGGGACAAGAUGACUAUGUUGUUAGCUGGUAAUGGGGGAAUAAAUGCUGAUGGCCAGUUGAUGUGCUCCAAACUGAGAUUAGUGACUGGAAACCACAGUGCCCUCAUGCAAGCUGGCCAUUUUGCAUUCAAACUGGCUACUAACCCAAAUGGGCAGUCUGGCCAAGGCUUGGUGAGGCGAGGACGGCGACAGGACCCACUUUUGCUGAUGGAUCCCGAGACUACUAUUCCCAACCUGCUGGAUCUGACACAGCAAGACUAUGAGUGGUAGGAUCAGCAGAAGCUUGCCAAAAUUGGUUGGAGAUGGAUCUACAGGAGUCAUUCUGAUGCACGGCAAGAAACUUACUUUGUUACAGAUGCAUAAUAUAUUUAAAAGCUGUUUUAUGGUAAAGAGUUUUGUAUCUAAAUUUUGGCUUUAUAUCUCUUGUCUUAACUGUUUGACAGCAUACAUUAUGCUGGAAAGUCUUUUUAGUAAUGCAAACGAUCACUGGAACCUUAACUCUUGGCAUUAAUGUGCUAUACAGUAGUUGCAUUCCAAUAACUUGAACUGUUGUAUUUUCUGGCUCCCAAUAAUUUUGUUUUAAUUAAACUGCAAAGAUGAACAUGUUAAUGUUCCAGAUGAUAAUGACAAUUUUAAUCUACAUCAGUCAGAAACAUGACAUUUCAAAUUAUUAAAUUUUUUACCGGGAUAUGUAUGCCUAAAGAACUGUAGGGAGAGAGAGACUCCAGUAUGUAAUGCAACUAUGAGGGAAGAAAAUUACUUAAAUGAUGAUAAAGUCAAGAAAGAGAAUGGCAAAAAAAAUGGAAGGAUAUUUUGUUUGGCAUUCAUAAUGAGAAAAAUUCAACUGCAACACCCCCAUCAGGUGUAUGCAGUCUCUCAUACCACGUAAUGAGAACAGCAAACAUGAGGUAUUACUGGAUUACUUAUCAGAUGUGUUAGCUUCCUUCAGGAUCGAUACAUUUUAUCAAUCGAUCUUUGUGAAUGGCAACACCAUGUAAUGCUGAGUUGAGCGAGAGAUUUUACGAGGCACCUGUCGUCUCAUUAUGCAAUGUUCUACAUGCAAAAAUUCCCCAGAUGUGACAAUGAGGAAAUGAAUUUGGAAUGUGAAAAUUUAAUUGACAACAUGAGUGGCAGACUGUAUUACAGAUGUAGAUAGAUGGGUCUUUUAGAAAGUCUAUUUUUGUGUGCAUAUUAUUUGUCAUCCUAGAUUUCACAGGUAUUUUACGACAAAGCAAAAUACCAACUGUUCACAUUACAUGGAAUUGAAGAGACCGUACAGUAUUGAUAAUCUUAUCUUUGCUGCAAAGGUCAAUAUCAAUUAUAAUGAAUACUAAAGAGAUAGAAUACAUGUAUUAUAAAAUAAUAUUCUAGAGUUUUGUUAUUAGAGAUUAGUUCAACAUUAUGCAAAUUCUUCCGGUGAUUGAAAAAUACAUAUAUAAAAUCAUUAAACAUAUAUAUGAACUAGUAUGACAAAUUCAGCAUGUAACUUAAGGAAUUCUUUCUGGUGGGUUCCCAUGACGGUUUCCCGAGCUACCUACCUUGUUAGCCCGGGAAGCCAGCGACGGGACCCACCUAGAAAGAGAUACAGUAUAUAGUAUAUUGUCUGCUACUGUGGCUUUCGAUUCUGAAAGCCUUACCAAACUGAAUAGCAUUGUACAUUAACUUACCCUUUUGUUGGUCAACAUGUUAACUAUUUCCAUGUUGAUAAGGUGGAUGAGAAUAGAAAUAUGUUGGAUUUUUAGCAUAGGAAGAGUGCGAGUGGUGGCAACACUGACGUAAAUGACUUUGUCACAUGCUUGUUUUAGGGGUUAGAGUAGUGUAUUUAGGCUCAAUUUCUUCUUUCAUCUCUGAUAUAUUUAGCAAAUCAAUUUAAAAUGUUAUUGAAACUAUAAAAGUAAAAAUUAAUUACAGAUAAUUAUUUAUACUUUAUUAUAUAAUGAAUAGUGUGCAUUAUUUGGUCUACUGAGAAGAGAAUAUCGUGUAGCGCAUUAAACAUUCCCUAAGCAACUUCCAUAACGCAUCUAUAUUUGAGAUGAAUGAAUGAUUUCACUAAUUAGCAAUUAGUUCUAGAUAGGAUAUGGCUCAGAGUUUGUCAGUGGAUAGUUGGAGUUGUGCAGAAUAAUGUAAAAUCUUUUGUGUUUUGCUCCCUGUCAUCCAAUAAGAGCUUACUAUUUUAGUAAUUACAAUAGAAAAAUGUGUAGAUUUACCAUGUAAUGCAAAACAAUUUCUAAGAAAAUGCAGCAGGUACAAGGAAUCUUCAACCAAGAGUCUUUGUUCUCUCUUUAGAUAAUUCUAAUAAUAAUUCUUUGCAUAAUUUUGAUGCAGCAGUGGUUACCAACAAAGAUUUCUAAAAUAGAAUUUUGAUUCUUCAGGAAGUCAGAUAAUUAUACUCUCAAAAAUACUGUAUUACACUUAUAUUAUAGCAUAUAUUAAUUCAGUUUCCUGCUGCAUUAAAAACUGUAGGAUUCAAUUCAUCAUAUUCUAUAUUACUACAAAAUUCCUGUACCAUCCACCCCAUUGUACUUACACCAAUCAGUCCAUCAUGUACCACAUUACACCACCAUCAAUCAGUCCAUCAUGUACCACAUUACACCACCACCAAUCAGUGCAUCAUGUACCACAUUACACCACCACCAAUCAGUCCAUCAUGUACCACAUUACACCACCACCAAUCAGUCCAUCAUGUACCACAUUACACCACCACCAAUCAGUGCAUCAUGUACCACAUUACACCACCAUCAAUCAGUCCAUCAUGUACCACAUUACACCACCACCAAUCAGUCCAUCAUGUACCACAUUACACCACCAUCAAUCAGUCCAUCAUGUACCACAUUACACCACCACCAAUCAGUCCAUCAUGUACCACAUUACACCACCAUCAAUCAGUCCAUCAUGUAC